AAGAAUCGUCAAAGUCAAAAAUAAAAAUAGGGUUAUGUUAUUUGUUGUUUACAAGAAAUUUUUUUGUUUCAUAUUCACAUUAAAAUGGUUUUUAAAUGCCAAAGUGAUUCGUAUUUGAAAGAGUUUGUUUCAAAAGUAGUAUCAUGCGAUAAAGUUCCUCCGGACCCUAAAAAACCCCCAAAAGAAGACCAAUACGAAGUCAUUCUAGAAGACACCAUUCUAUUUCCAGAAGGAGGCGGCCAGCCUUGUGACUAUGGAUUCCUCAAUUCGAUCCCAGUCAACAAAGUUAUUCGCAAAGCUGACAAAGCAAUACACAUUACCAAAGAAGGAUUUUCUUUGGGCCAAGAAGUCAAGCAGACUAUUGACUGGAAAAGACGCUUUGACCAUAUGCAACAGCAUUCUGGCCAACAUCUCAUUACUGCCCUUAUUGAUAAGGAAUUUGAAUUUCCAACUGUUAGUUGGUGGUUGGGAGAAGAUGUUUCUUACAUUGAAUUAGAUACAAAAAGUAUAACAGAAAAUCAAAUAAGAGAAGCUGAAGGAAAAAUUAAUGAAUUAAUAAGGAAUGGCAAAAAAGUUACUGUAGAAGUUUAUACUAAAGAUACACCAGAAGAAGAAUUAAAACAAGUGCGUGCAAGAGGACUUCCAGAAGACCACAAAGGUGACAUAAGAGUCAUUAAUAUUGAAGAUUUAGAAAGAAAUAUGUGCUGUGGCACUCACGUUACCAACUUGAGCCAAUUGCAAAUGGUCAAGUUAUUGCACAGCGAAAAAAGCAAAAGAAAAGACAAAACUUUUCUUUAUUUUUUGGUUGGCAAUAGAGUUUUAGACAAAUUGUCGCAAUGUAUUGACACAGAAAGAAAAUUAACUACUAUUUUAAAGAACAAUUCUUUGCAACAUCCUGACCUAGUGGAAAAGCUGCAAAAAAACGUCAAAACUUUGACUAAAAACUUGCAAAUUGCCAACCGAGAUGCUGCUUUAAUAAUUGCAGAAAAACUAAAAAACUCAACAACAAACUAUUUUUCAAUGUUCAGAGAAAUUGGAGAUGUUGAUUUUAUUAACACACUUAUAAGGGAGUGUGCCAAAAGGAAGGAUUUAUUGUUGUUUUUGGGUGUUGGAGAUCCAAAAACUGUUGGCAAUUUUGUACUUUAUGGACCAGAAAAUGACGUUAAAUGUCUUGGACAAGAGGUUUGCAAUAUUUUGGAAGGCAAGGGAGCACUUAAUGGCAAUAAGUAUUUUGCUAAAGCCAACAAAAUGCUUAACUGGGACAAGGCAGAUGCGUUUAUCAAGGAUUAUUUGAAGAAUGAAUGAAAUAUUAUGAGGAUUUUAAUAAAACUAGCCUUUAGUUGUAGGAAUUCUUUGAUUUAAUGUAUAAUAGUAUUACUUAUGAAUUAAACAUAAAUGAAGCCAGCUGUAGAUCCUACAUUUUCUGAUUUUGUUGAAAUAUAAAGCUGAAACGAAAAAAACAAAUUAAGCAUUUUUUUUUUGAAAUUAAAUAGUAAAAAUUACCAUCAAAGUCCUAUCUUAAUCUUCUAGCUUCACGUUCGGAUUCAAGCAAAGUGAGGAUGUCGCCUUCUCUAACGGGCCCCUUUACGUUCCUGAUAAUUUGACGAUUUUGCUCGCCGAUAAAUUCGACUUUGACUUGGGUACAUUGUCCCUGGGAUCCUGUACGGCCCAACACUUUGAUUACACGUGCCAAAACUACGGGUUUAUCCAUUUUAUUCCAAAAUUCGUUGGAAACACGUGCGAAAACAACAAGAUCGACCUGCGAAAAGGCAAACGAAAUGGAAAGAAACGUCAAAGUC